AUGGAGGUGUACGUCGACGAUAUGCUGGUGAAAAGCAUCAGAGUGUCCAAUCACUUGAUAGAUCUCGGAGAGACCUUCACCGUCCUCCGGGAGUACUGGAUGAAGCUGAAUCCCUCGAAGUGCACCUUCGGAGUUAGCUCUGGAAAAUUUCUCGAGUUCCAGGUCAACCAGAGAGGCAUUGAAGCAAAUCCCAACAAAAUCAAAGCGCUCCUCGACAUGAGUUCGCCUCAGACUGUCAAGGAAAUACAAUGCCUCACUGGACGAGUAGCAGCGCUCGGACAAUUUAUCUCCAAAGCUAUGAACAAAUACCUCCCCUUCUUUCAGCAGUUGAAGGGUCAUAAGAAGGUAGAAUGGACGUCAGAAUGCGAGCAAGCCUUCCAACAAUUAAAACAGUAUUUAUGCUCACCACCCCUGCUGUCUAAACCCGAAGAGGGCGAGCCUCUAUUCCUAUAUAUCGCGGUCUCGGCCUCAGCUGUCAGCUCAGCCCUGAUCAGAGAAGUAGGAGAGAAGCAGCAUCCCGUAUACUACGUGAGUAAAGCCAUGGUGCCCAUCGAGACGAGGCAUCCAGCUCUGGAGAAGCUGACACUUAGUCUCGUCUUCUCAGCUCGGAGGUUACGUCCAUACUUCCAAGCUCAUUCUGUCGUGGUGUUGACCAACUCUCCUCUCAAACAAGUUCUCCAGAAGCCCGAAGUUUCAGGUCGAUUAACCAAGUGGGUCAUUGAACUUGGUGAGUUCGACAUCCAGUUUCGUCCAAAGACCACGUUUAAGGGCCAAGUCGUGGCCAACUUCAUUGUCGAAUUCACCACUCCGAGCAUAGAAGAGAUCAGCAUUGAAGUUGAGAUGACUCUGCCUAUUCCCCCAAGUGAUCAAAAGGCAAUGCCAGAGCCAGGAUGGGUGCUCAACAUAGACGGGUCGUCUAACGCCAAACGAGCCGGAGCCAAAAUCGUCCUGAUUGCACUUGAUUCCACGUCCAUCCAGCAUGCGAUCAGACUUAGCUUCAAAGCUUCCAAUAACGAGGUGGAGUACGAGGCUUUAUUAGCUGGACUCAGAUUGGCGAUCCCUAGAGUAGAAAACUCGUGGGCCAAUGCCCUAAUGAAACUCGCCUCGGCCACAGAAGGGAAGAUCUCGCGAAUCAUCCCCAUCGAGUUCAUAGAACAUCUGAGCAUCGACCAGGCGGAGAAGAAAGCGGUCAAUCCAGUAGAUGCUACUCCGAGCUGGAUGGACCCGAUCUAUGACUACCUCACGUCUGGCGAGGUCCCCUCGGAUCGAUUGGAAGCUAGGCGCCUGAGAGUCAGAGCAGCGCGGUACGUCAUCCUGGAUGGUAUCCUGUAUAAGAAAGAGCAUUCUCAACCCUACCUCAGGUGCCUCCUACUUGAUAAAGCAGAUUAUGUGAUUUGGGAGAUUCACGAAGAAAUCUGUGAAAACCAUUCUGACAGCCGAGCCCUGGCCCUAAAGAUACUCCGACAAGGGUAUUUCUGGCCAACCCUCAGGAAGGACUCGAAGAACUACGUUCAAAGGAUUCCGCACACCAUCGUGUUAGACAAUGGCCGGCAGUUCGACAACGACAAGUUUCGAAGCAUGUGUCAAGAACUUAGUAUCACAAAUGCAUAUUCUUUGCCUCAGCACCAACAGUCCAAUGGACAGGUGGAAGCGGUCAAUAAGAUUAUUAAGCACCAUCUUAAAACGAAAUUGGAGAAAGUGAAAGGCAGUUGGGCCGAGGAGCUCCCGUUCGUUCUCCGGGCCUACAGGACCACAGCUCAGUCCUAA